AUGCGCCUCCUCCCCCCCCUCCUCCGCCUCCGCCUCCACCCCACCAUCCCACGCCUCCAAACCGCCCACCUCUCCACCUCUCCCUCCCUCCUCAAUGGCAAAUCCCUCCCGCCCCGCACCCCCCUCCUCGACGCGGACCUAAUCGAAAACUUCCUCAAAGGCUCCGGCCCUGGCGGCCAGAAGAUUAACAAAACCUCUUCCGCCGUACAACUCAAACACAUUCCCACUGGCAUCGUAGUGAAAUACCAGGACACGAGGAGCCGGGAGAUAAACAGGAAGAUGGCGAGAAGGAUACUGCAGGAAAGGAUUGAGGAGAUGGAGUUGGGGGAGGGGGCGAGGACGAAGGUGAAGGCGAGGGAGAAGGCGAAGAAGAAGGCGAGUAGUGGGAAGAAAGCUAGGAGGAAGUAUAGGGCGCUUGCGGAGGGUAAGGAUGGCGAUGGGGGUGGUGAGGAACAGUUCGGAGAGGAAGGGCUGGGUAAUGGUGGAGAGGAGAGGUGUUCAGCUGAAUUGGAGGAGAAGGUUGAGGGUGUUGAUAAGAGUAAGACGAUGGGCGGUUGA